CGGCAAAAAUGCGAUUCGGAUACAUUUAAAAUCCUAAUCGCGAAUCGAGUUUCUAUUGUUUUAUUUAAUAUUGGAUGCUCGCUAAGAAGAACGCUCAAAAUUCAUAUUCUUAAUUUUAUCUAAACUCUUGAUUUUAUUUUACCUUAAUUUUAAUAAAACCCCUGGUAUCUAAAAUGAGCAAAAGGUGGGCAAAGGAAAAAAGACAGAAAGCUCAAGAUCUACUUAAAAAUUCUGAUCAGUUUUCACAAAGUUCAAAAAGUUUCAACUGGAGUGACUUAAAACCUGACGAUAGCCCUCAAAGUUUUGGAAAAUUUACACUAUCUGCAUGUAUCACAAAUAUAACAGGACAAAAUGAAACUUUCAAGCCAGCAGAGGAGAUGGAAGAUAGGUUUAAUGAAGAUUUUUUAGAAAAUCAAAGAGAAUACGCGGCUAUUCCUAAACGUGGAUCGAAUAUUAAUGAGUCUGAAUGGACAAGACUAGAUCAAAAUAUCACAUUUCGACAUUCAGGAAUAUCGUUCGGAGCAUAUGCUCAACGAUUCAAUGACUCGAAUGAUAUUCGUCAACUUUAUAGUCAUAAAUCUCCAGCACCGAGACGGAAUCGAGUGCCAUUCAUUGAUAUGAAAGAAGAAGCAUCUCCUGCUCCUUCUAAUAAAGAAUUAAAUAAAAGAGUAUAUGAUUUAGAGAAUAUGAUUUUGGAAUUAGCAAACAAUAGUGAAAGAAACAAAGAAAAUGAGCAUCAUCAUGAACCAACAGCAGCCAUGAAUGGCAAAAAGCUUUAUGCUGUUGAAAAAGUCCUUGAUCGAAGACUGACAAGCAAAGGAAAGGAGGAGUACUUAUUAAGAUGGAAGGACUCCUGGGUCCCGAAAGAGUGUUUACAAUGUGAUGUUCUUCUAAAGGAGUUUGAGGAUUCAUAUAAUGAAAAUAAAUAAAUAAACAUCUACAUCAGAAGAAUUGA